UCCUCUUCCCUUUUCGCGUUAUGUCCAUGGAAGAAGUGGGUUUCUUUUAAGAUCUGUUUAAUAUACUACUUUCAUCUUUGUUUAAAAAUCAAUUUUAUACAGAUGCUUUUGGUUUAAACAGUAUUCAGCACAUUUUAAAUGAGGAUUUGUUAAAUUUGAGACGUGCUGAUUACGUUGCGCAUUACAUUUGUGUUGCAGAACUGAAGGGGCAAGUUGGCACAAGACGUGUUUAUCUCUUUAGGUUUGGAAGAUGGCAGAUUACACAGAUGGUGAAGCUCAGAUGCUCCCGGAUAGUGAGGAAGAGUUCACCCUUUCCUCAGAAGAAGAGUGCGACUCCGACGAGGAACGUUUACAUUUUGAAGAGAGACUUGAUCCAGCCGAGGAUUUCUUUUUUGACGAAUCGAACGAUGACAAUGAUCAGACACCCGUUGCAAAGGGAGCCAAAUCAGACAUGAAUGCAGGCAACUUGCAGACCACUCUAUCAUGGAAAACCGAGACAGACGUUGACAUGACACCAAACACUUUGACAUUCCUGCCAGCACGUGAACCUGGACCACAGCUGAGUCCUGCUGACGUUCACACUCCCCAGAGUCUCUUCAAAAUGUUUUUUCCUGAGAACGCUGUUUCAACUUUGUGCCGCAACACCAACGCUCAGGCCGCCAAAGCAACUGCAAAUGGCUGCAAAUACAAAUGGACAGACGUCAGCAUCAGUGAGAUGUACAAAUACAUUGGGCUGCUUCUUUACAUGAACAUAGUGAGGUUGAGCUCCAUCAGGGACUACUGGCGACAGGAUUUUUUCUCUGUGGCUUUUCCUGCCAAGGUCAUGUCGAAAGGCAGAUUCCUCACCAUUUCGUGGAAUUUCCAAAUGAGUCACCCGGAAGAAAACGAGGAAAAUGACAGAAAAAGAGGCACAGCUGAACACGACUGUCUUUUCAGAAUUAAACCUCUCAUGGACACCAUCCGUAUCGCUUGUAAAGCCAUGUAUCACCCUAAAAGAAACUUAGUUGUGGAAGAAAGAAUAGUGCCAUGGAAAGCGGACCCAGAAAUAAUACAAAACAUGAAAGACAAGCCCACCAGGGACUUCAAGUUGUUUGUCCUUGCAGAUUUAUCUAAUGGAUACACUGUGGACUUUUCUGUAUACACUGGAAAAAACAGCUCUCCCACAGGCCAUGGAUUAUCAUAUGAUGUUGUGACAUCUCUUUUGGACCGUACAGUUUUAGGCUCUGGUUACCAUGUGUACAUGGACGAUUUCUUCACAAGUCCAAAGCUCUUGAAAGACUUGUUUUCCAUGAAGUUUGGUGCUUGUGGGACUUACAGAGACUCUAGGAAGGACUGUCCACGUGCUGCAACUAAUUCACUCACAAAAAAAUCUGCCAGGGGAUCCAUCAGGUGGAUCCGGGAUGGACCUCUUGUAUUUGUGAAAUGGAUGGACAAACGAGAGGUCUCUGUUUGUUCUACAAUCCAUUCUGCUUAUACAGGAGAGACUGUUCAGAAGAAGGUGAAAUCACAUGACACUUGGAAGGCAAAGACAUUUCCAUGUCCCGCACCCGUGACUGCCUAUGAUCAACACAUUCACAAACGUGUUCACCUGUCUGAGGAUCUGUUGCAGUGCUACUCUGCACGGCACAAAACAAUGAAGUGGUACAGAAAAGUCUUUUACAACUUCUUGGACAUUGCUGCCACAAACGCUUUCAUUAUGCACAAAGAGCUGUAUGGUAACAUGAGCCACAAAGAGUUUCUGGAGGGGCUUAUUGAAGACCUCUGUGGUUUUUAAAAAAAGGCAACACCAAAAAGAAAAUAGCACAACUGACGUGACUGUAUUCUCAAAAAUAUGCCUUUGACAAUUAUGCCUUUUCAUUGUAUUGUGCAGUAUUUUUUGAAUAAACACCAAACAAUAUCA